CCUCACCGUCACCAAAGUGACUGCACUGUCUCCUCUCCACCUCCAAGCUUGCAGCAGCAGCAGUAACAGCAGCAAAGAAGACCAUGGAUAUUACCAUUCAACACCCCUGGUUCAAACGUGCUCUUGGACCUUUAAUUCCAAGCCGUUUGUUUGACCAAUUUUUUGGAGAAGGUCUUUUCGAAUAUGAUCUCCUACCUUUGUUUUCCUCUACUAUCAGCCCAUACUACAGGCAAUCGCUCUUCCGCACUAUUCUGGAGUCAGGUGUUUCCGAGGUGAGAUCUGACCGGGACAAGUUUACAAUCUUUUUGGAUGUAAAACACUUCUCUCCUGAAGAUUUGAGUGUGAAGGUCAUUGAAGAUUUUGUGGAAAUUCAUGGGAAACACAACGAAAGACAGGUAAGAAGAAGGAACAAAUAAAGUGCAGACUAUACAGAUGAAAUGAAAUAGAAAGUUUGUUUGUCUAAUAUUAAAGGCCAUCAAUUAAGCAAUGUUCAGUAUAUUCUGCAUUAGGAAAGAUCAAAUGUGGGGUUUGGUGAUACUCUUAUGUUAAUCAGAACUUGUUGUAAUGAGUGGAAAUGUCAGUUAAGAAGCCUGCAAAUGGUAAGAGCUGUAACAGUGGCACAAACUGCCUCAAGAGCUCUCCUAUGAUGGAAAUCUAAGCAGAAAUGAGAUGGCUACUUAGCAGGGAAACUGUAAUUGCAUUCUUCAUCUCAGAUUCUGUACUGAGCAAAAUGUUGGACUAGAUAAUCUUUAAACUGCUUUCCAGCUUUAAUUCUGUGGCAAUACUUCUCUCAUUGUGUACUUCAUAACAUUCAGUGGGAAACUUUGGACAAUGGCUUUUGAGCAGACCAUGGAAAAUUAACUAAGGACAAGAGUACCCUAGCCAUGUUGCCUGGGGGAUCCAGGGAAGUAUAGUCUAAAAAAACAUUUCCAAGCUCUGUUUUUGAGGUUAGAGACCAUGUAUUGUGAAGUUCUAAGAAAAGCUUUGUGUCUUAAUAAACUCUGGAAAAGUACAGUUAGCUGUUUUAGUCCAUGGGAUUCUAAAUUACGCAUACACCCCAAGGUCUAGAUCAGGACACCAGCAAAGAGCAAGGGGCUAAUGCUCCUAUACCCC